AUGACGGCUCGGUUUGAGUAUGCAGCGACCAAUGUUGCUAGUCCUGAGGCUGUGAUAUCGAAUGCUGCGAUAGGGGAAGAUUUGGUGCUGUACUACAUUCAAUACUACUGUUACAACGUGCUUGCGUUGUUUGACAUGUUCUGGGCGUUCGCAUUAGCGCAAUCCGUCUGGGGUCUGAAUGAGAAGCCGAAACUCAAGAGGCCACUUCUGAUCAUCAACCGAGUCGGCAAGGUCUUUUCGCCCUUGUUCCCUCUGAUAACGACAACUUGCCUGCAAGCUCCGUCAAUACGGAACAAUUUUGGAGGAUUCUUGCUACUCGCUGGACAGCCAUUGCUAUGGAGCAUCGGCUUUGGCAGCGUUGCAACAUUGGCCAUAUUGAUACGAUACAUCCAAUCUCGACGAAGGCUGCAGAAGCUGAACGUCGGUUACGGCCAGCCGUCAUCUUCGAGAGGAACCAGCGGGCACAAGCCCCGCAAGACGAGUAUCUACGACAGGUGGCUCAUGCUGCGAUUCAUGAUUUCGUUUGUGAUUCUGGCUAUGUUUGAAGUCACCAUCAUGCUGUUUUCGACGAGCGCGAGAAAGAACAUUGCCGUGGACCACGCCAGGCUGACGCCAGACAUCUCCGCCAAGCGAGCGCGGCAAGAUUUCCUCCUCUUCAUGCCCGGAGUCACGGCAUCUCUGCUUGUGUUUCUGGUCUUUGGCACCACGAAGCCGUUCAUUGAAUACAUGCGCAAGUGCCUCUCGAGAUUCUUCACGAGACGCCCCAGGAGGAGGACCGCGUCGACGGAGGCACUGCCUCUGCGGUCGAUACGCAGUCAAGACACCAUGGCGGAAAGCUGCGGCGUGACGACGCCCGAGAUGUCUCACCAGCGAAGCUUCCGGGGGAUAGUUGUGGAUAGUCCCGGUGGAAGAAGGACAUACGAGGUCUGGGUGUACGGGGGUAAUCCAAAUGCGAGGAUCGUGGGGGACCAGAACUGCCCAUGUCAUUCCGAGAAGGUAUGA